AUGGAUAGGUUGGCUGCAAUGAGAGCCCAGCAACAGGGCGGUAAUUCUGGUUACCAAAGACAAAAUCCAUAUGCCAGGCAAGACGACCAUGCGUACGAAAUGGCUGACGUGCGGGAUAGCUCAGCCAACCUGACUUCAGGAGGCGACAGUAUGUCGGAUUUUUAUGCGGAGAUUUCAUCCAUUCAAGACACUAUCAAGACUUUCAACGCCAACGUUUCUCGCAUUGACGAGUUGCACUCUCGCUCACUGAACAACACGGAUGAUGAUGCUGCGCAGCGCAAUGCCUCUCAGCUACAAGAGCUUGUGGAGGAUACCAGUGCCCUGAGUACAACACUCAAGCGCCGUGUAAAGGACUUGGAGAGGCAGGGAGGCAGCGGGCGUGACGGCCAGAUCCGCAAACAACAAACUGCUCUCGUCAAGUCGAAGUUUGUUGACGCCAUCCAAUCCUAUCAGACUGUUGAGCAACAGUAUCGCCAAAAGUACAAGCAGCGAAUGGAGAGACAAUUCAAGAUUGUUAAGCCGGAUGCUACGCCUGAAGAAGUUCGGGCUGUCGUGAACGACGAGAAUGGGGGGCAAAUAUUCAGCCAAGCUUUGAUGAACUCCACCCGAUACGGUGAAUCAAGAGCAGCAUACCGGGAAGUACAGGAGCGACACCAGGAUAUCAAACGUAUCGAGCAAACCAUUGCAGAACUUGCUCAGCUUUUCAACGAUAUGAGUAUGAUGGUAGAACAACAAGACGAAACUAUCAACACGAUUCAAACAACAGCUGAAAUCGUCGAAAAAGACAUGGAAACUGGCGUCCAGCACACGGGAAAAGCUGUCACCUCUGCUCGCUCAGCCCGCAAAAAGCGGUGGAUCUGCUUCUUCCUUUCACUUAUCAUCAUCGCAAUCAUUGUCAUUAUCGUCGUCAUCGUCGUCAAGAACAAUAGUAGCAAGUAAAGCGUCUGUUUGUGACGUCAUCUCAUCUGCGCCUACCAUCUCAUGCUUAUUCCACCACCUUACUUAAUAACCUGUCGCCUAACUGGUUGCUCACGCUCUUUACCAUCUAUCUUCUCUAUCA